AAGAAAACCAAAGCAAUGCAAUGCAAUGCAAUGCAACGCAACCUCCUUCAUUUCCUUCCUUCUCUGCCUCACUACUACAUGCAUACUUCUCUGCCUCUAGCUAGCUACUUAUACCCCUGCGGGCAUACUUCCCCUCCUGGCCAGCUGACAGCGACGCCACGCCCGCACUGGCAGUGGACAUGGACGACGACGUCCGCGCCAAGACCAGGUCCUGCGCCGCCGCCGGCGAGACCUCGGCGUCCCGGAUCAUCGCCCAGUGGGCCGCGCGCCGCCGCCAGGCGUGCCUUCUCACCACGCUCGACCGCCCCGACCGCGAGUCCGAGCUCAUGGCGCUCGCGCGCCUCCACGCGGUCUCCAUGCUCGACGCCUCCUUUCUUCACUGCGGAGAAGGGCGAGGUGGCGGAGGACGGCGCGCGCGGUCGCCGGAGCGCGCUCUGGUUAGGCGCAUUGCCAGGGAGUGGGCGGCCGCCGGCGGUGCAGGCCAGGGCGGCGCCGCACGGGGGCGGGGGCGAGCCGAGGAGGAAUGGCUGGGCGAGACCGAGCGCGAGCGGGUGCGCUCCGUCCGAGAGCGCGUCCGCAUCAUGGCGGCCACCGACCACCAGCAGGGCGAGCUGACCUGCAGGCUCCGCGGCCGGCACGCCGAUCACGUCGUCACGCGCAUGGCCAGGGAGCGCCAGCGAGAGCUGCAGGGCCUCUCGGAGCACCGCGCCGUCUCCGCCUUCGCUCACCGCGGUCGCAUUCAGUCUUUCCUCCGAGGUAGAUUCUUUCGUAGCGGGAGGCCUAUGAAUGAUGAGAGACCAAACUCUAUGGCAGCCAGAGAACUAGGACAGCUUAGACAGUGUCAUCCAGUCUCUAGAUUGAGGGAAGAGGUUCACUUUCAGACAGAAAGUAUCGCCAGCUAUCAAUCAAGUUCAGGAGAAUUGUCUACUGAAAACAAUCCUGUCAGUAAUGACAACCAUCAUGUGCACAAUGCAACUCGCGAGUAUGAAAUCAGGACAAAUCGAUCGAUGGAAGAUGAAGUUGCGCAUGUCGAAAUUACUGUACCUGACGGUAAUAAUGAUGUUCUGCAGAAUGAUUUUCACCAAGAACAAAUACAGCAAUAUGAAGAGUAUUCAGAUUCACGGUCCUCAGAGCAGGACAGUGAGCAAUCUGUGUCUUCUACCUCUUCUACUGAAUCUGGCAACAGCAUGCAACACGAAGCUGAAACGGAUUUGCCAUGGUCAAGGGAUAUUUCUGGGACUGAGGAUGGACAAGACAGCACCUUCCUACUCCUACAUAGAGAGGAGGAAAUGGAAUGGCAUGCCAUUGAAUCUCAUGAAGAGGAACCACAGUGGCAAUUAAGUCCAAGUUUGGAUUCUACCACCAGGAAUAGGUUUAGUCCACCGGAAGAUGAUGUUUAUGGAGUUGAGCUAAGAGAACUCUUAAGCAGGCGAAGUGUGUCAAAUCUUCUUAGCAGCGGCUUCCGUGAAAGUCUGGACCAGCUCAUUCAGUCCUAUGUUGAGAGGCAAGAGCAUGAUUGGGAUUUCGAAGGGCAGAGAGCAGCAAGCAGUGGUGUACUCAACGAAGAUGGUCCUAUUGAGAUCAUCAGGAUGGACGAACCAACUCGGGAUGAGAGACCCCAGCCUUCGACGAUUGCGCUAUCUGAUGAGCAACGUGAUGAAUGGCAGAUUGGAUUGGCCCAUCAUAACUGGAGCCAACAGACCAUGCAUCGCUCUGAAUUCGACUGGGACGCCAUCAAUGUUCUGCGAGAUGAGCUGAGUGGAGUGCAGAGAGGAAUGAGCAGCAUGCAGCAGAUGCUGGAAGCGUGCAUGGAGAUGCAGGUCGAGUUGCAGCGGUCCAUCAAACAGGAAGUUUCUGCUGCUCUGAACCGAUCGUUAACCAUGCCCAUGCGAGAUGAUGAUGAGGCGUUAGAGGAUGGGUCGUCACAGACGACACAGUGGAAGCUCGCAAGGAAAGGGACAUGCUGCAUCUGCUGUGAUAACCAGAUUGACUCGCUUCUGUACAGGCAACACAUGCAUGCUGCAGAUGUGGGCAUAUGUGCACCUGCUCAAAGUGCGCAGGCGAGUUGCUCCACGGGGUCGGCAAAUGCCCGCUGUGCCGAGCGCCUAUAGUUGAGGUCAUCCGAGCCUACUGCAUCAUGUGAUCCGAGCCGGCCUAUAGUAGAGGAGGUUCAUUUUUGACACUAAUCUCUCUCUGGAGGCUUUCACUUGAGUUUUAUUAUUACUGCAGCAGGCAAGGCAACAGCUGUAUCAGCAGAUUAGGGAUGGUGGGCUAGAUCUGAAACUUGUAGCUUGCUAAUGUAAUGUGGAGGCUUGUAUGUAAUCCAGUAGCCGUGUAAUGGAAUAAAGUGAUCCAUGCUAGCACCAGUA